AUGUGGAAUUUGACAUCUCACGCACAUGCUGCCGCCAACAUCACGGUGCCUUUUCGGCAAGAACGAGGAUUAGUGGUCCAGCAUGGGAACUUUCGAGGGCCAUUUGCUUCCCGGAGCCGCGUUUCUCCUAUUCGGCUCGUGGCAGCUGUUCAACGCAUCAGGCGCUACAUGGAGCUGAUCUUCAUCUCACUUGGAGCUACAGCAUCAAUACUCAUGGAGCUCGUGCUGACUCAGCCACACUUCUCCCCUCUGGACAAGCACCACGUGAUCCUGCUCGACGCAUUCAACAACCUGGAGCAUGCCGCCAUCUCCCUCUUCUUCCUCCUCUACGCCCUCACCUGCCUCCUCUGCGACCUCCUCCCCAGCCUCCCUCCAUACCUGCCACACCUCGUGGGUGCCUCGGCUCUUGCUCAGGAGUUUCUACUCUUCCACUUCCACUCGGUAGAUCACAUGGGCUUGGAAGGGCACUAUCACAUGCUGCUGAGAAUUCCUAUUGGCAUCGGGGCUAUUUGUGCAGUACUUGAGAUCGCACACCCCACAUCCUUCAUGCUCUCUCUUGUACGUGCCAUGAGCUUUCAGCUGCAAGGCGGGGUGUUUAUCCAGAUCGCCCUGUGCAUCUGGGUGCCGUCGCUGGUGCCCCUUCACUGCAUGCGCGAUGUGGUUACCAACACAGUUACAUGCGAAAGCGAGGUGUGGCAUGGGAGGGCGAAGGCCCUCGCCACUCUGCAGUUCACAUGGUGGAGUGCCGCAGUUGUGCUGAGCACACUGAUUGCCACUGUACUCGCCAGCCAAGCCUUUCAAGACCCUUCAGAAGGGGUUUAUUCCAUUGUCAUGAGGGCACCGAAGGCUGAUACUCCAAGGGACAUUGAAAUGGCAGACUCCAAACCACUGUUAGACACCCCCUCAUCUGACGAGGAAGCUCUGAAGGAAGACCCAUUUGCAGGCGCUGUAAAAGCGUGUGCGGGUGGAUAA